CACAGGUACUGCUAAUGUAAAGAGUAAACGUGAGUGGGACUGCAGUCUGGAUAGCGAAGUCUGCCUCACCAAGAGUCAGGAGCUCCUCAGAGGAAAGCCUGGGUACACAGACGACAAGAAAAUGAAAGAAGAAGAAGAAAGGAAACGGCCAACUGUCUGACAAAAACAUGUGAAGAAGUAACAGUAGAGAAAAACAUCAUCGACACGACACAGGCUUUGGAGGGGACCGUUCUGAUAUGAAGGACUAUGACGACACGAUAUCUUUUUUGGGUCAGUGGGGAGUCUUCCAGCAGAUUGUCUUCUUCCUGCUCUGUGCCAGCAUCUUGCCCAAUGGAUUUGGAGCUUUCUCUAUCGUCUUCCUGAAUGACAUUCCCAGUCACCACUGUGCAGUUCCUGAGGUUAACCUGUCCAAAGAUUGGCGCGAUGCUAUCAUCCCGAUAGAGGUGGUGAAUGGGAAACAGGAGCUGAGCAGAUGCAGCAGGUACAGGCUGGAUGUGGUCCAAAAUCUCUCUGCUCAGGGAUUCAUCCCUGGCAGGGACGUCAACCUCACUGACCUGGAGCAGGAGGGCUGUGUGGAUGGGUGGAGCUACAGCAAAGACAUCUACCAAUCCACCAUUGUCUCUGAGUUUGACCUGGUGUGCAGUGAUCAGUGGAAGCAGCCAUUCACCUCCACAGUCUACUUCCUGGGAGUUUUAGUCGGAUCCUUCUUCUCAGGACAGCUCUCAGACAGGUUUGGAAGGAAGCCUGUUUUCUUUACCACCAUGGCCAUUCAGACUAUUUUUACCUUCGUUCAAAUGUUUUCACCCUCUUGGACGGUGUUCUCCAUCCUCCUCUUUAUCAGUGGUUUGGGGCAGAGCUCCAACUAUGUAGCCGCUUUUGUGCUGGGCAGUGAGAUGUUAACUGGAAAAGUUCGUGUCCUGUUCUCCUCACUGGGUGUGUGUCUGUGUUUUGCCAUUGGCUACAUGAUGCUGCCUCUCUUUGCUUACUUUUUGAGGGACUGGAAAUCUCUAUUGCUGGCUAUCUCUCUGCCUGGCCUGCUCUACAUCCCCCUCUGGUGGUUCAUCCCAGAGUCUCCUCGGUGGUUGCUCUCUCAGGGAAGAGUGGAGGAGGCCGAGGCCAUAGUGAGAAAGGCGGCUAAGAAGAACAAAGUCGAGGCUCCACGGGUGAUCUUUGAAGAUUACAUUGCACAUGCUUAUGAGACAAAGACAGAUUCCAAGGAACAAAACAAUGUCUUCGACCUGCUGAGGACAAAAAACAUCAGAAACACAACGGUUAUUCUGUGCUUGUUGAUGUUCACUAUGAGUUCUGGAUACUUUGGCCUGUCCCUGAACACAUCCCGACUUCAUGCUAACCCUUAUAUCAGCUGUUUCCUCUCAGCAGCUGUAGAGGUACCAGCAUACAUUUCCAGCUGGCUGGCACUACGAUACCUUCCGCGACGUCUGUCUCUCGUCUCUAUCUUGAUGCUUGGAGGAAUGUCUCUGUACUUCAUUCAGCUGGUGCCUCAAAGUUUAUCAGAUAUGGCUGUUGUUCUGGAGAUGCUGGGUAAAUUUGAUUUUACCAUCGGUUCUGCCCUGAUGCUUGCCUACACUGCAGAGCUUUACCCAACAGUGCUCAGGAACACAGCAGCAGGGACGUGCAAUGCUGCUUCCAGAGUGGGCAGCUGCAUUGCCCCUUUUUUGUUACAGCUGGGUGUAUACUUUAAGUAUCUGCCUUACAUUAUACUGGGAACUCUAUCUGUUGUGUCUGCCUUCGCUGCUCUCUUCCUGCCAGAGAGUUUUGGACGACCUCUACCUCAAACUAUACAACAGAUGCACAAGAGAGAAAGCAUGAAGUGCCCAUUCAUCACAAGAAAAGAAAAUUCAAAAGCUGUGGUGUUUUUUGAAAGUCGACUCUGAUUGUCUAAAAUGUUACUUACGUGAGUUAUUGAUUAAUGUUGUACUAUUUAUUGUGUGUUGUUGUUACUGUUUACUGUGCUUACAAUUCAACAUUUCUACACAAAAUCACUACAAGUGGAUUCAAUCAUGUGUACAAAAUAUAUACGAGAAAAUGAAAUAUAAAAUAUUCAAGUGUUAAAUGAGAAGUAAAAGCUUGUAUCAUAAAACUUUA